UCAGGUCGUCAUAACCAUCAACCCAACAACAACAGCAACAACAUCAUGGAAGCUCAGACUUCUGAAAAAAGAAUCUGCUAACAUGAGUAAACUGAAGCUUCUUAGUCAUAGUACGAAGCUAAGCCAUAAUACGAACUAUAAGGAUGAAGAUCUUCUGGUGAACAUAAAAGACCUGGGUUCGGAUGUGAAGGUAGGAGAUGUUAUUGAAGUUUAUCACCCCGAAGAUGACUUACCACGCCUGCUUCUCCAAGUUCCCAAAACGAUUGAGGAUGUCACUGUUCAGAAAGAUACUAUUAGCAUUGAGCAGAGUGUGGCAGCCACCUUCCAGUUGCGAACAUAUAAGGAUGUAAUUGUAAACAAGGUUGACCCCAAAAGUGUUACUUUGGAAAUGGUGGAACUCACAUUUAAAGACCAGUAUCUUGGUCGCUCUGAUAUGUGGAGACUUAAAAUGAACUUGGUGGAUUCUGUUGUGUAUCUCAACAAGAAGAUAGAGUUUUGUUUAAUACGAUGCCAAGUUUAUGAGAUGUGGGCCCAAGGAGGAAAGGUUGCAUGUGGAGUUAUAACAGAGGACACAAAGGUUGCAUAUCGAUCAUCUACAAGCAUGGUCUACCUCUUUAUCCAAAUGAGUUCUGAAAUGUGGGACUUUGAUAUGUAUGGAGAUCUUUAUUUUGAAAAGGCCGUGAAUGGAUUCCUCUCAGAGCUUUUUGCCAAAUGGAAGAAGGAAGGAAGCAACCAUGAUGUUACCAUUGUACUCUUUUCACGUACUUACUACAAGGCCACUACUAUUGAAGAUUUUCCUCAGUAUAUGAGAGAGUGUCUCCAGCAAGAUUACAAAGGCAGAUUUUAUGAAGAUUUCUACAGGGUUGCUGUGCAGAAUGAGCGGUAUGAUGACUGGUCUACAACAUUAACUCGUCUACGUCGCAUGUUCAACAACUACUUGCCAACUGUGUUAGACUACCACCGAAAUCUGGGCUCUGAUGUGCCAGAAGCAACAAAUUCUUGUGCAUCACAAGGAAAUUUUCUAGAGGUCCUUAACAUUUCUCUUAAUGUAUUUGAGAAGCACUAUCUGGAUCGAAGUUUCGAUCGCACAGGUCAAGUGUCUGUGGUAGUAACUCCAGGUGUUGGAGUUUUUGAGGUGGAUCGUGAACUGACAAAUAUCACCAAGCAGCGCAUCAUUGACAAUGGUGUUGGGUCAGAUCUGGUGUGUGUGGGUGAACAGCCACUUCAUGCUGUUCCACUUCUUAAGUUCCAUAACAAGAAGGGAAGUAUAAAUGCCGAUGACUACAGCAUGCCUCACACCUGGAUCAACCUUAGUUUUUACUCUGCUAAGAAGAAAGUUGGUUAUGGCACUUUUGUUCCACGGAUUAAGCUUCCCCCAGAAAAGCUCAAAACUGUGAAGAGAGAAAAAUUUGAUGCUUUGAGCAAACCUUGUAUGAAACCAGUGCAAGAAACUGCUUUGCCAAAUUCUAUUUUUGAUUAUGACGCUUAUGAUGCUCAGGUGUUCAAGUUACCAACAAACCAAAAUAACAAGACUUAUCGGAGCUUACAGAGAACAACUACAAGAAAGAAGAAUAAUAAUCAGUCAUCUUCUGUCCAGCCUCUGACAAGAAUCACCUUUCAACGGAAGCUCUCCGACCCUGAUCUCUAUAACAGCAUUGAGCAGAUAUCCAGCUCGAUGGUUGCACUGGGAAACUCUGUAACCUCUGAUUUACAAGUCCCAGCUAUCAACAUUCCCGCACGCAUUUCAGAAAAUAAAACUUACCCACUUCAUUUUGGUGCUCUUAAUGUUGAAGGCAUCAACAAGCCAUGUACACAAACACUUUAUGAGGGAGACGAGGUGUCUCCACCACAUUCAGUUAAGGUCGGCUCAAGCAGUGGCACUUCUCCUAAUGACAAUUCCCAGUUGCCAAAGAAUAAACAAAGUGUCCUCCGUCCAGGAAGAUCGCUGAUUAACCCUUUUGAUCCUUCACAUGUUACCAUCAAACUGACAUCAAAUCGCAGGAGAUGGAUCCACAUAUUCCCAAAAGAUCAGACUGGUGUUCUAAUCCAGCAGCAUCACUAUCAUGACUCCAGUAGUAGAGCAAAGGAGGACGAAUUGUCAUCUUCCUUCAAAACUACUGAUAAUGAGGUGAAUCAUCCUCAACCCAUGUCUUCAACACCAGCUAGGAGCCCUGCAGCUGCAGACCUUGCUGCACCUCACCCAAAGACUGUCAUAGCCCAGCUGAACCAAGAAAAUGUAAACGGUGGUCGUCGAGAUCCUCGUCCACGGGCGUCUUCGUCACUGGCCAGUUCACUCACAUCGGUUGACAUAUCGUUACGUGGUGUUGCCACACCUCAGAAAACAAAUAGUGGAGGGCUGCGCACUGUAACAGGAGGAACCACUGGCAAGGCCAAGUGCCCUGCAACCUUACUCUGGGGUGCAACUGGUGAGCAGGAAUGGACUGCUGCUCUCACAACAGGUGUUGACUGGAAGAGUUUAACCCUUCCUGCAUGUCUGCCAAUCACAACUGAUUACUUCCCUGAAGAACAGUCAUUACAUAAUGACUACUUGGUGGCAGACUAUAACCUUCUGCCAGAUGAUAUGGAGGAGCCAGCCAGGCCCAGCAGUGGGAGGAAACCAUUAACAACGAAGCUGGUGUUUUUGGAACUGGUGGCACAGAGGCUUGCUCAGGGUUUCCAAAUGAUUAUGCUAGCAGAAAAGAAUCCAAACCAAGCAGUUGAUGUUUAUGGUAGUAAUUCUCGGUACUCGGGCAUCGGUUCUCUAAUGAGAAAGAAGUCAUGAGAUGAAUCUUCUCAGGAAUAACGUCUUUCAAUUGGUCGAAUGUUUCAUAAAAUACGUCUUUGUGGAUCGACUAUAACAGUUACCAUUUACAGACCAAGGGAUCUAUAUCCACAACUGAAACGGGAUUUUCGCAGGUUCCAAGCCCCUGACAGAGCAUAUGAGGUAUGGGUUGAGUUUCGAACGAGAGAAGAGACCUACAUGUGGAAUCAUCUGGGUAAAAAUAUUUGCUUUUGUGGGGAGUCCCAGAUUAACCCUUUUGAGCAUUUAAAAUUCUGGAGAUUCAGGGUAUUGCUGGUACCUGAUUGUUUCCGCACUGCUGCUCGAACAAUCAUGGAGGCAUCAUCUGGAGCACCCACAGAUAUAUACAACCAGCUAACUCUUGAAGAACAGGAGACAACUAUUGAAGGCUUUCUUCGAUUUUUUGAGAUGACAGUUCAUCGCCUCAAGAGACCUGCAAAUGCACGCAAGAGUCGGAAGGCAGGUGGUGGUGGGAAGGUUGGUAGUGUGUACGGAAAUAUUGGCAGGCGCCACAGCCUAGGUCCUCUAGUAUCUUGCCUGCCCUCCACAUCUUCCUCCACCUCAACCAUUACCACCUCUACAUCUGUCUCCACUACUGCAGGACUGGCAUCAGGUAAUGUAGCUGCAUUCCGUGAGCGUCUGGGAAGUAAUAGAGUCAUGGAGCGGCCCAGAACUCGAUCAGGGAGCAAGACAUCAGAACGCUCGCGAUUUGAAAGCGGAAGUCGUGAAGUGCAUCUUGAUAUGCCAGAGAUGAAGUGUCUGGUUGAGCCAGAGGAAGAUAACAAAGAUGAAGGGGAAACCAAAAAAUUAAACACAAGUUCACCACUGGUGGAAAUUGUGGAGCUGAUGCGAGAUCCUGUGAAAGGUGUAAACCUACUGAACCGACAGGCUGGUCUUCCUGCUCUUACCUUUGUUGCUGCUGAUGCAACUGCCUGGGUGUGUGAACAUAUAGAAGGAGCCAUCACUGAAGUUGUUGCUGUAGAAUUAUUACAGAAAAUGUUAAAGAAUGAAUUAAUUUGCCAUGCAUCAGGGGACAGUCAGCAUAAAUUUGUACAUGGCUUCUUAUUGUACUUCAUUGUAACAGGAAAUAAAGAGCAAGAUCAGGUUGGCUAUGACCUGAGUACUUACCACUCUGAAUGGCACGAGGUGGAGGUGGAACCUCUUAAUAUCAAGCCUGGAGGAGUCACUGCUACUCCACGAUCUACCUCACCAUCCACACCCUGCCCUGCCUUCCUCCAACCUCAGCUUCCCAUGUAUACUCCUUGGAGAGGAAGUUUUAAAUUGUACAGAAUUGGGCAGCUGGACAUGGACACCAACAAUCGCAGUGAGCGUGUUGAGUGGGGACACAUGAAGCACCACUCGCUCUUUAACCCUCUACAACCUUUUGAGAUCAUCAUCCAGUGGUUGUGUGCUACAGGCACUAUAGUGGCUGAGCUAAUGUUAUCAUGGCAACGCAAAGCUCAAACUUGUGGUCUCCAUCUCUUCCCUGUACCGAGUGAUCCAUUUGCACUGCCAUAUUCUUGCAACUCCGAUCCAUUACGUGGUCCCAUAUUGAUUCCGCUUAAUGUGGAAUGUCUGAGUGUUUCUGGAGCUGAACCAUUUGCUCAAUUCACAUCCAGUACUUGGGGAAGGCGAAUGCAUCUUUUUCAGGAGGCCAUUCUGGAGAGGUUUGGUUUUGUGCCUUAUGUGACUGAAACUCACAGUUUGGAACAGAAUCAGUACGUGCACGUGACAGGUAACAUGUUCGUCAUGAUCCAUUCACCAGGUACGGGGGUGCACUCCCAUGCACCAUACCCCCCAGAGCCUUCUCGUGGCCGUGCACUCACCAACCCCCUUACAUCAACAAGUUCUUCUCAGGCUGACUUCCUCUAUGGCGUGUCCAGCCCUCAUGUGGAGUAUUUCCAUCGCUUGAUUGCAGACUUAUAUUCCCACGAGAUCAGCGAGAAACAGCCUGGAUUUCUUUGGUCUUUCAACCACAUGCUCACAAGACGUUGGAAAUAUUUAACCACAGGGGAUGAGGUCCUUGCUGAGAAGAUGCUUCACGAUUUCCGUCUAUUUUGCACAAACAGUCAAAAUCGACUGAGAGAAUUUUGGGAUUCCCACCUCCCUCUCUUGUCCCCGGUUUCACCCACAGAUGAACUAAUUUCUGAGCCUUAGAUCAUCUAUUUAGCACUCACUUGUACAUCUUUCUCAAAAUUUAUGUGCCAUAUUAAGUUAGAGAUGAUGUAACUUUCAUUUCUUCAAAGUCUUGCAGUCCAGUGCUCAUAUUUUGUUAUACAGUAACAUUUUUAAAUUGUAAUUUGUUAAUUAUAGGUACUGUACUGUAUUAAAAACAAGCAGUAAUUGAAAUGGCUUUUUAUCACAGAAUGGAAUUACUGUACUUUAUUUUUGUGGCAUCUUGCUAGUGCUACAGUAUAAUACUCAAACUCAAAUUUAGUGAUCACUGUAACUUAAUUACAGUAUAUUCUUCGUCAGAAAACGAGAGUUUUGAUGACUCAUCCAGUGGCUCCUCAGAGGAAGGUUGAUUAUUAGAAGUGAAAAGGUGAAAGUACUGUUAAUAGCCUUAAUUGCUGAGUCCUGGUUGGCAAUCACUGUGAUAAAUUAAUGUUGAAAAUGCAUAUACUUUGUAUAAAUAAACUCUAUACUGUAUGA